UCCCUCUUCCCUUCUUCAUCCCCCCCCUCUCUCUCCCCACCCCCUCCGUCGCUGUGCGUCUUCUCCGUCUGCAUUGCCGCUAGGGUUUCCCGUUCCGCCACCGGCGCUCGCGGAUUCCUCAGAGCCUCCCGCGGGAUCGGAAUCUUCUGCAUUGUCUCUUGGCUGAUCAGAAGAUUUGAGCUGAAGGGAAGACCCUUACGCGUCGUUUGCAAGAAAUUUGUCUGUUUGCUUCCGCUGAAAUGAGCCGGGAUACUAGACUACAGCAUUAUAUUCAGGGAUUUCUGAUGGAGAGAUGAACUCUGGAAUGAUUUUACGAACGUGUAGCAGUUUCCUUUGAGGAUUGCAUCUUAGUUCUCCUUUGCAGACAAGGAAAACUAGUUGCUUACCGAAGAUCUUUUUGUAUCAUGCUGGCAGAGAGCACGUGUGGAAUCUGUGCUUCGGGUAAUGCCCCUGACGGGAUUUGCAACCGAUGCGUUCGGCGUGGUUACCAUCUGCCUAGUUGCCCUCCUCAUACUUCUUGGUCUGCUUUGCAUCCUUUACCUGUUCUACUUCCGGGCUCGCAUUCGUGGUCAGGGCUUCAUCCAGCUUAACUACUUCAAUGGUCCUUGGAUAAUCCGAAUCACAUUUAUUCUGUUCGCCAUUUGGUGGGGUCUUGGCGAGAUUACUAGGUUACACUUCUUGAGGCGCGAGGGAAGGUUGUUCAAUUCGCUUAGUUUUAAAUGGCAGGAAACCAUCUGCAAAUGCUACAUCAUCUUGAACUUGGGGUUUGCAGAACCUUGCCUGUUCCUAACGUUGGUGUUCUUGCUGCGGGCUCCCUUAGAGAAUAUGGAGUCAGGAAUUUUAAGCCAAAGGUGGAACGGGAAGACGGCAGGCUACAUCUUGCUAUAUUGCUUCCCUGUGUUUAUUCUUCAGCUCAUACUUGCUCUAGCUGGACCCCGGUUGGAUAAACUUAAGAGUGCUGGAAAAUUACCACAUUAUUUCACAAGCGCUGUGAGGAGGUCGGACGACACUGCUCUCUGCACCUACCCCUUACUGAGCACCAUACUGCUCGGGCUCUUUGCUCUUGUCCUGACUGCAUAUUUGUUUUGGUUGGGAAGACAGAUUCUGAGAUUGGUUCUCAAUAAAGGUCUGCAGAGGAGGGUGAAAGCAUUAAUAUUCUCGGCUUCGGGUUUCCUUCCAGUGAGGGUUCUCUUUCUAGGGCUCUCUGUUUUAUCCAAGCCUGAGCAACUUCUCUUCGAGGCUCUUGCUUUCUUGGCUUUUCUUGCUGUUCUAUCCUGUGCUGGCCUAUGUAUAUGUGUGCUCGUGUACUGCCCAGUGGCAGAUUCUUUAGCUGUCGGGAAUCUUCAUGACCUGGAGUCCAGAAGAAGAGUCACUGCUGAUUACAACGAAACCUCAUCCCUCAUUUCCAAUCAUGGAGAGAGCAGCGCAGUCAGUCUCGGUAGAAAUUCUGAUGCGUCGACGAAGCGUGGAUCAAUAUCUUUUCGAGCCUAUGAGAAGGAUGAGUCUUCGAUGGGGACUUCUGUGGAGCUCAGUCUUUUCUCCCCUAGUCGAGAUUCGGCACCUUCACUCUUGGGCUGGCCUCUCCACACAGCAGCCGAGAAUCACGAACCAUGAGAGAUCUCCAGAGCGCUCGUGAGGAUCAAUUUUGUGGGUAAAAAAGAAGAGAUGAUUGUAAAGAGUUUGGCAGUAAUAAUGAAUCUAAUCUUUAUUUUGUUGGUUCCCUUUUAUUAGAUUUUGAAGGUUUUUGUAUGUGGAAAUUGUAUUUGUAUGUCAUCUGUACCAUUUUGAAAUUUUUUCUUUUCUUCUUUGUUUAGGAAAUUGGGUUUUAUUAGUUUUUUUUUAAUUAAUACACGACAUAUAUCAAUUGUACUUUCCAUUCCCUUUUUCUUCGUUUGGCUAUAAAUUUCAAUGUGGAAGCUCAUUUACUA